AUGUCUCUUUGUCUUCUUCAAGAAACCGAGAGCCUCAAGACUUGGCUUAAAUUUGCUUCCGAGUCCUCCUUCUCUUCCGAUCAUUGGUCAUCUUCACCUUAUUCUCUUUACUCUAUCCCACAAGUCUCUCAGAAAGUCUCCCACAAGUCUGGACCUCUUCUCUAUCUCCGUGUCUUCAAUUUGCCUAUAGUCCUAGUUUCUUCUGCCUCGGUGGCCUACGAGAUCUUCAAGACACACGAUCUGAGCGUCUCGUGUCACGGCCUCCCUCCCUUCAAAGAGUCACUCUUGUUUGGAUCUUCGGGAUUCAUCAGUGCUCCCUAUGGAGAUUACUGGAGGUUCAUGAAGAAGCUCACUGUCACCAAGCUGCUCGGACCAAAGGCACUCGAGCAGUCUAGAAGCACCCGUGCUGAUGAGCUACAACGGUUUUACAUGAACCUUCUUGAUAAGGCAAUGAAGAAGGAGAAUGUUGAGAUUGGUAAGGAAGCGAUGAAGCUCACUAACAACAGCAUAUGCAAAAUGAUUAUGGGGAGGAGAUGUUCAGAGGAGAACGGUGAGGCAGAGAGAGUCAGAGGUUUGGUUACCACAACGUUUGCCUUGACUAAGAAGAUUUUCUUAGCAAGCAUCUUGCAUGCGCCGCUUGAGAAACUCGGAAUCUCAUUGUUCAAAAAAGGAGAUAAUGGGUGUUUCAUGAAUCACAUUGUAUGUUUAGGCAUAUCUGGUAGACCAGAGAAAACCAACCUUGUUUAA